AUGGCUCGAACACGUACGGCGGGUUGCUCUGCUUAUAUGUCGCCUGAACGGUUGGAAGCACAAGACGAAUAUGAUGUUCGGGCUGAUGUUUGGAGUAUUGGAAUUUCAUUGGUUGAAUUGGCUAAAGGUGAAUAUCCCUAUCAUGGUUGUAACAGUGAAUUUGAAGUACUUUCACGAAUUGUUUCUGAUCCAGCACCGGUGCUGCAGCCUGAAGAAGGAUUUUCGUCAAUGUUCUGUGAUUUUCUUCGCCUUUGCCUUACGAAGAAUUAUCAAUUUCGACCAAAAUAUAAGGAACUUUUGCGGCAUGAAUGGGUGGUACAUUAUGAAACUGCGAGAGUGGAUGUUGCUGGUUGGUAUCAAAGAAUUGUUUGUGUCGAGUCAGUUGGGCUGGUAAUAAUCAUUUGGAUUGGUAGUUGUGGUGUUGAGCGUAAAUAUUGGUCAGAAAUGUUUUCCUUAGAAUGGAAAAUUUCGAAAAUGCGUGAUAUGUUUCCGUCCUUAAGUGUCAAGGAAAUUCGAGUUUUGCUAAAGUUGACAAAUGGAUGUAUGGCUUCUGCAGUUGAUAUGGCAUUUGAAUUAGUACAUCAUGCACCCGAAAUACCAAAACCUGAGCCUCUGGAACCCUUUCCUACAUAUUACGUAUUGCCACCUUUGAAAAAUCAGCCUGAGACAGGAUCGUUACUAUCGUCAUCUUCAGAACCAGUUCGAGAUGAAACAAAAAGUGAGAGCUGCUCAAAUGAGAAGCGUUCAACCAUGGAACAAAAAGUUAUUACUGUGAAAUUAAAACUUAUGAUCUCAAUAGAAGGCGUUCCAAAGAAACAAAUCAAAUACAUUCUCAGAAAUAUUCUGCAACAUUGUAAUUGUUCAAUUCGGUUUUUCCACGAAUUAAUGCCAUGUCUGCAAGCAGCUUAUGAAGAAAAAUGUGUCGAAGUUUAUGUUGAAGUUGAAUUUUCUUGUGAUAGAAGAUCAAGUCAAGAAGCACUGAUUGAUUUCACGAAAUCAUUCAUUGCAGAGUCUGGCUAUGGUCUUGAAAUGCAACCUUAUAUGGAAAUACGAAAUAUUGAUCAAAUAUUAACUGAUAUACGACCUGAUCAUGCAAACGUAGACAUACUCUGGCUUGGAAUUGGGAAUAUGCCAAAUAUGGGCUUAUUUUUCAUCCGUGGAGAAUACGUAACAAAGUAUAACACGUGCAGUAAUAGAUUAAUCGUAAAUUCAGUAUGUGAAACAAAAAUGAAUAAUGCUGCAGGUAAUCAUACACUAUUAUCAUGGGCACAUUUUGAACACGAUCGACGCUUGCUAACUAUUUAUUUUGCUAUCGAGAAUAUUAUGCACGCUCAUGAUGGGCUAUCAUAUACAGGCUAUAAGUUUGUUAUCACAUAUAGUUCAUUUUAUAUGGUUAUCGUUGAUUGUGAUUCGGAUCCAGAUGAAAGAGAUAACUAUGUUUAUAUUUAUUUACGACAUCCACCACAGCUAUGGGAAGCGGUACCACGAAUCAUGACAAAUGGAAAGAGAGUCUUAAAUAUUGAGCAAUGCCGCGAUUGGAUACGCGUGGGAAGUUUCCCGGGAAAUAAACAUUUUGCCGGUUGUUCUCAGGAGACUUUAGCUAGUUCAUCAUGGCUCAGCUUUUCGAUGUCGAAAGAAGCAGUAAAGCCGGAAAAAAUGUUCCCAGAUGAAGUAGUUGAAUGGCGAAGACGCUCAUCAAGUGUAAAAUUGACUCCAACACGUCAGCUUUUUGAAAUUAUUGCACGAUGGAAACGUCGAGCCAAAUGUCGAAUAUUUUUUGCAGCAAUAAUGAAAAUUCCUCGACGAGAAAUUUCGGAUAUUCGCAUUCUGGAAUUACCAUCAUUCAGAUUAAAUUAUGCGAUGCAAGCAUUACUAAGUAGAGGAAGUGUUAUAAAGGAUCAACUUUUUGACGUUUCACAACCAUCCUGCAAUAAUCUCUUUUUCAAACGUAUUAAUUACGCUGCUCAGGAAUGCUUAUUAGCUUGUGAAGAGACCUUAGAUUCUGUUUUGGCGGCUGUAGAUGAAAAACGACGGAUCUCAUUACUUAAUUUUUUUGAAUAUACUUAUGUUCAAAAAUUAAAUGUUUUUCGAAGAGUAGCGACUGGCGAGGAGGCUGAAUCGCUGUCGGAUCUACCUCAUAAUUGUGUCUUAAUUCGUAAAGUUAUGGCGACUCCGCUGCGACUUUUAUUUUUGCCACCGGAAGUUAUGAUGACGAAUCGUGUGAUACGCCAUUUUGGAGAAGAGUAUGCAUUACGUUGUGUAUUUCGGGAUGAUAAUGGUCAGCGACUUGUACCAAAAGAAUUUUCACGAGGUCGCGCUUUACAAGAUCAGUCCUUAAUAAUUCCGGACUUGAUAUACAAAAUACUUGGAACAGGUCUACAUAUAGCAUCACGGCAUUAUCAGUUCCUUGCAUGGUCUAAUUCACAGAUGCGUGAUGGCGGUUGCUAUAUGUAUUCGGACGCCGUAGUCAAUGACGAAGUACACGGUCAAAUGGUGUAUAACGUUGAAGAUAUUAGGCGUUGGAUGGGUGAUUUUACAGCUUCAAAAAAUGUCCCCAAAUUAAUGUCUCGUAUGGGACAAUGCUUUACACAAGCACAGCCAACAAUAAAGCUGAAAAGAAGUGACUGGAGGUUGGAAGAUGAUAUCGUGGGUGGUAUCGCGCAUCCAGAAACUGGUGAAGUUUUUAAUUUCUCGGAUGGUGUCGGAAGAAUUUCUAAUAAGUACGCUGAUCGAAUUGCUAAAGCACUGAAUUUGCGUUUAACACCAUCUUGUUACCAAGUGCGAUUUAAAGGUUUCAAAGGUGUCCUGUGUAUUGACCCAUUAUUGGAUGAAUUAGGCCAAGCAAAUAUUAUCUUCCGAAGAAGUCAAAAAAAAUUUGAAGAAGAUGAGGAAAGUGAAGCUGAAGUAGAAGUGGUGAAAUAUUCAAUGCCUUCACCAGUUUGCUUAAAUCGACCACUGAUCAUGAUUUUAGAUCAAGUUUCUGAGAAGCAAAGUCGACAUUUACAUAGAAGAGUUUGUAAUCGGAUACAUUUGCUUUUAGAGUUGGAGCUUAAUAAACUAGCCGCUAUGAUGUUUGACGAAAAUGAUGCUGCUGAAGAGCUCAGUUCACGUUUGUCACUUCCAAUCGACUUCUAUCAAUUACACAGUAGUGGUAUUACAUUUACUAACGAACCGUUCUUUCGUUCACUACUGAUUGCCGUACAUAGAUACAAUAUAAAAUUACAUCUGAGCAAAUCCAAAAUUUUUUUACCUGAUUCAAUGGGUCGAACAAUGUACGGGGUGGUUGAUGAUACUGGAUUACUCCAGUAUGGGCAAGUUUUUAUACAGUAUUCGCCAUCUAUACGAUAUGCCUCGGGGA